CACCGCGUCAGCGGAUGCCAAGGCAAACCGUCUGCAUGUCUACAAACUUCAGUUGUGUUUUCAACCAAAUGCGGUACGCUGCAUCAGAUUUGCAAAACCUUAGAACAAAAUUAAUCAUUUUUCUGAAUGGAACCAUGACAAAAACUUUGUGAAACUUCCAUGUCACAGAGCUUACAAACAACUCGUGUUAAAGCUCUUUCCGUACAAUGUAAAUUUUCAUGCUUUCUACUGCUCCAAAAAUAUCGUGUAAAGUGCGAUGAAUUUUAAAAACUCUGUGAUUGAAAGCGUUCAGUGAUUUAGUUAUAAAAUAAAACUAUGAACAAGCUAUCUCUUCUCCUACUGAUGUCUUCGAUUACGACAAUGGAUAUAGCAGUUUCGUCUGCUAGACAUUACAACAGACAAGAACACAGUGACACAUUGGAAGCAGAAACAUCUGAAGGACCGAAGUCGGGCAAUGGCGAAGAAUUUGUAAACCCAGGGCGGUUCACAGAAAGUUUGAACAGGAGUAACAAAACGGAAGAGUAUACUGACUGGACACCAUGGAGUAGAUGUAUGAAUUGUUUCCAAAGAAGAAUGAAACUAUGCAUAAGUGACAGUUGCCAAGGAUCCCGCAUGUACGAGGAGAGACCUUGUAGGAAGAAGAGAUGCAAAAGAAAGUCUAGACAAAAGGAAAGUUUCCAUGUUGUUCACUUGAACGAGAAUAGCAGUUACCUAAUAAAACAGGGUCCCUCGGACAUUUGGAGUAAAUGGUCGGCAUGGACUCCAUGUAGCAGAAACUGCAGAACGUAUAGGGUCAGACGAUGUCGAAAACCUGGCCGUUGCAAUAAGCAGGAGCAAAAAGAGGAAGCUUACUGCUACGAAGAGAAAUCGAACUGUGAAUUACUAAUACUUAAUUUGCUGGAGCACAAUAGAAGUAAUGAUGCCAGAAGAUUUCAUUACAAUAAUCAAGAUCCAUCGACUACCGAACGACCCAGGAGAAGGACGAAUAUUCCGAAGAGAUGCGGCGUACCUAAUCGUAAAACAAGAAUGUUGAGGAUAAUUGGUGGUACUGAAGCAAAAAGGUACAAGUGGCCUUGGCAUGUGGCUGUUCUGAAUCAGCAUAUGGAAGUGUUCUGUGGUGGUACUCUGAUCUCUCCCCGUUGGGUACUUACAGCAAGCCACUGCAUCAGAAAGUACUUACGCGUCCGACUAAAUGCCCACGACCUACACGCAAGAGAUGGAGCAGAUAUUGAAAUGGUUGUGUACAAGACUUUUCCGCAUCCCAAAUUCGACUAUAAGACAGUUGAUAAUGACAUUGCUCUACUAAUGCUGCCAAGACCAGUUCACAUACCUGUAGCGUGUCUUCCCACGAAAAGGCCAAAGCCUCGACAGUUGUGUUCAGUGAUGGGCUGGGGAAAAGUAGACCCUGAUGAUGUCUACGGGGUGCCUAUUCUGCAUGAAGCCAAGUUACCUAUAGUGCCAUCAAGAACUUGCCGUAAGUCCUACAAGCAAUUCUUCAUCAGCAAUAACAUGUUGUGUGCCGGCUGGGCAUCUGGAAGGGCAGACACUUGUGCAGGGGAUAGUGGAGGCGGUCUCAUGUGUUCACUCAAAGGCAGUCGUAGGACAGUUUAUAGUAUACAAGGCAUCACGAGUUUCGGAGACGGUUGCGGACAGAAGAAUAAGUACGGCAUCUACACUACAGUAUUCAACUAUAUCGGAUGGAUCAAUUAUAUCAUAAAUCAUUUUUCGUGAAUGAAAGUCAUAGGAGACAUACCAGCUGAAGGAAAUGUUAUAGACACAGAGUGAGUCAGAUCCUGAGCGAUGGUCUAAGAUCAAGUAAAGUGGUUUAAUGCAGGAUGGAAUUUUGUUAACUAUUCAGGUGGCCCCAUUGUCGUGAUAUGGAGGUAGACAUAAAACCUCAUCAGAAACAACAUUGGAAAUGAGAAUCGAUACACUGUUAGUAGUGAUCUCUAACAUUUAGGCUGACGAACACUGACUCGGAAUAUUUAUCAUUAAAAGUAUCUUGCAAACACCAAAAUCCAUUUUUCACCAUACACUUAAGUAUUUAAUUAUUGUAAGAUGCUGCAAUAACACUGUAACGAUUUUUCACUUAUAAUACAUAGUUUCCAUUCUCUCCGUAGCACUAUUUAAUGUUUUCUAGAAAGUACCAUGAUGUAUAUAUUCCAGAAAAUCCGAGUGGUGUAUGAAAUUAAUGGUGUAAAAUAUGAAUCGGUUUUCCAACAGCAUAUUUUCAGAUUAGCGAACUAAUCAAUGAAAAAGAUCCUAUCAGCUUUUGAAAUGUUUAUAGUUUCGUGUAUUUCAGAUAAGUAUGGAAGAAUGCAAUAUACACUAUAUAUUUUGAGAUGCACAUUAACUAUACUAGUUAAAACCGGCAUCAGUGCACUAUUCGAAAGAGCAAACCUUUAUUAGUAAGUCGCUGCAUUCAGUUCAUUUGCAAGCGCCUUACAGUGCACGUGGUGUAAACAAACUUAAGACGAGACAUGGAGUAGUCUCGAAAGAGUUAUGCGCUAUUAUUGACUAUGACUUUAAAGUCGGUUUAACUGAACAUCAAUGUAUCCAACGGUUACAACAGGCAUUUGGUAAUGAAGCUCCAUCCCGGGCAAAUGUGUUUCGCUGGUAUGCCGAAUUUAAAAGAGGGCGUGUUCCAUUGGCUGAUGAAGAAUGUAGUGGUAGACCAUGUUCUGGUGUGACUCCAGAAAACAUCGCUAAAGUUUAGCGGCUAAUUGAAGGAGAUUCUCCCUGCACGUAUGCGACUUGUAGUCGCAUAUAGAGCCAACUCUUGGGGUAGGAUCCGCAACAGAACACACCAUUUUGCAAGAUCAUCUUCAUUUAAAAAAAGUUGUUGCGUGCAAUCCUGCAUCACGACAAUGUCUCUAGCCACACUGCCCAACCAACUGUAGACUUCUUACGCUAGAUCAUCCGCCUUAUUCGCCAGAUUUGGCAAUGUGUGACUCCUGACUCUUCAACAAUUUGAAAAAAGUCUGCGUGGUCGAAAAUGUUCGUCGGAAUGAGAAAUCGAUCAAGCAAUUAAUCAGUUUGCUGAAGGCAUUCCAAAAACUGACUGGUUAGAAGCAUUUCAUUUGUGGAAGGUCAGGCUACAGAAAUGCAUUGAUGCUGGAGGAGAAUACUUUGAACAUAAAUAAACUAGUUUUCGGAAAAUAGUUUUUAGUUUUCGUGUAUCUCAAAAUAUAUAUCGUGGCCUUCGUAUAUAUUCUGGUACACCAUAUUCAAACCUUGGGCUGUUCUGGAGUAGACUUACAAACUUAGGUAGCUAUUUCAGUCUUGGAUAAAUUUGUACAUAUUUUAUAUCAAAUAUAAUUAUUUAUUAAACA